UUAAAUAGAAUUAAAUGAAUAAUUUCUAUAUUUUAUAUUUAUGUCUGUAUGAUCAGCGUGGUCUGCAGUGCUUUGCUCUGUUUGAACACGUGGGUUUGUAUGAGAGGAAGAUGGCAGCUUGCUGGGUUUCUAUAGCAGAAAGUCUCUCUUACUAGUUUUUAUAUUAUUUUAAGAAGCUUGAAGAUUUCAGAUCACGAUGGCCGAAGCAGUUCCUGACAUUUCAGAUACUCCAGUCCCUCUGAAAGACCCUGAACCAGAACCCCAGUCUGAACCCCAACCUCAUCCUGAGCCUGAGCCAACAGUGGACCCAACCCAGAAUGAUCCCCCUGUUUCAGAAGACAAUGGAGGAGAAGGAGGUGGAGAAGAAGAAGGGGGAGAGGGAGGAGGAGAAGAGGGCAGUAACUCCAGCGUCUAUCGCUACAUCAAAGAGGAUCUCUUCACCUCAGAGAUCUACAAAGUGGAGAUCCAGAACCUGCCCAGGUUCAUCGGCUUCAACGACCUGAAGAAGUUCCUGAACAAACACGGCCUGAACCCCCACAAGAUCAAGAUCGUCGGCAGACAGACCUUCGCCUUUGUCACCUUCAAGAAUCAGGAGGAGCGAGACCGGGCUAUGAAGCUGGUACACGGGAUGCAGUGGAAGGGGAAGGUCCUGAGUGUCCGUCUGGCCAAACCCAAAGCCGACCCCAUUGUCAGGAAGCGUAAGCAGGACGAGGGGACGCAGGGCGGCGGGCAGCCUGUCCCUAAACGUCCCGCUGAGGAGCAGGACGCCGAGGACGAGACGCCGCUCAGUGAGCAGAUCGCCCGAGCCGUCACGCCUCUGUGGAAGAUUCCCUACGAGGAGCAGCUCCGGAGGAAGGAGCAGGAGGUGGAGACGGUCCUGCAGAACCUGGCCAGGGAAAUAGGUAAUAAUAAUAAGGCGAUGCUGCCCUGGCUGUUCGUACAGAAGGAGAAGAAUAAGAACAUGUGCUGCCCUCUGGAGCCAAUCAGACCCUCACCUCAACAGACGGAGUAUCGUAAUAAGUGUGAGUUUGUGAUCGGGAUGGGGGCGGAUGGGGAGGAUAAGACGGUGGGGUUUCGGUUGGGAAAGUAUAAAGGCGGGUCGUGUGCGGUGGUCAGUCCGGCGGAUACGGUCCACACCCCCAAAUCAGCCAUACGGGUCGUCCAGGCCUUCCAGCGGUACAUCAGGACGACUCCCUACGCAGUUUACAGUCCAGAGACUUAUGAAGGUCACUGGAGGCAGCUGACAGUCCGGACCAGCAGAACCAAUCAGAUCAUGGCUAUGGUCUUCUUCAACCCGCAGAAGCUGAGUGAGGAGGAGUUGGGGUCUCUGAAGAAAUCUCUGGGACAGUAUUUUACUGAAGGAGACGGGAGAGAGAGCAGGAUCACCUCUCUGCACUUUGUGAGAAUGGGACAGAGGACGUCUGCAGGUACGGAGGAUCUGCCGUGUGAGCUGGUGGCCGGAGACGAGUGGAUCCAUGAGGAACUGCUCGGCCUGAAGUUCCGCAUCUCUCCUCACUCCUUCUUCCAGACGAACACUCCCGCUGCGGAGGUGCUGUACUCGGCUGUGGGUGAAUGGGCUCAGCUGGAUCAGGAGAGCACGGUUCUGGACGUCUGCUGUGGAACAGGAACCAUAGGAAUCUCUCUGGCCAAGAGAGUGAAGAAGGUGAUAGGAAUUGAGCUGUGUCAGGAAGCUGUGGAAGACGCCAAAGUCAACGCCAAAGCCAACAAUCUGACCAACGUGGAGUUUCACUGCGGGAAAGCCGAGGACAUUUUCCCCACCGUACUCAACGCUGUGGUUUCUCCUAAUGUUACAGCGAUCGUCGACCCUCCCCGAGCAGGACUGCAUUCCAAAGUGAUCCUGGCGAUAAGGCGGGCGGAGCAUCUGAAGAGGCUGGUGUACGUAGCGUGCAACGCUAAAGCAGCCAAGAACAACUUCGUUGAUCUCUGCAGAGCUCCCUCUAACCGGGUUCGGGGAAGCCCUUUCCGUCCGGUGAGGGCGAUGGCGGUGGACCUCUUCCCCCAGACCAUGCACUGUGAAACCAUCCUGCUGUUCGAACGCGUCGACUACAGCGCCAACGCCAACACCAACACCGACGCCAACAGCGCCAACGACACCAACAGCGCCAUCGCCAACACCGCCGACAGCGCCAACGCCAACACUGCCAACUGCACCGAGCCACAGAACACCCAAAACUGAUUAUAGCAGAUUUUCUUAUUUCUUCUAAUAGUUGUUGUUUUCCCCCCUCAAAAAAACGACUUUUAAGACAAUUUGAGGGAAUAUUCUAGCGUUUUUCAGUCCACCACUGAACCUGACUGUCAGUAGUAAAGGACAAUCUUACUGUGUAUGGAGAAAAUAUCAAAAGGUUUUUUUUAAGUGUAUUGUCGCUGUCACAAGCAGGAAGAUACCUCCAUAAAUCUCAAUGGAAGUCGUGUAAAAAUGUAAAAAAUUGUAUUUUGGAAAAACCAAACCAUUGUAGAGCAUUUCUGUUAGUCUAUUCAACUUUAUCACUUAUUAGCAAAACAUUAAAAACAGUAUAUAACCUGAUUGCACAGGUGGUGAUGAUGGUGACCUGUGGGACACCCGGCCCACAUUGGAAAUGCCAAAAGUCAUGGGAUACAACGCUAUUUCCCUACCAGUACAGGUUUUCAGAAUUCAGAAAAAACACUGGGUUACAUUUAUUCACUAAAGCAAAUAUUUCAUUAAAGCCUUCUUUAAAUCUCUAAUUAAACUAUAUGGACAAAAGUGUAGGGAUAUUACAUUAAUAUUAAUAUUACAGAUUAAACAUUAGAUUCAGCUUUAGUAAAUGUUGGAUGAGCAACAAGACUUGGAUAUAUACUGUAUAUAUAUAUAUAUAUAUAUAUAUAUAUAAACAUAUAUGGGUAUAAAUCAAUAUUUUCGAUAUAUAUAAAUCAAUGUUUUAUCAUCGUUUACGGUCCCGCUCACAUAUUAUUUAUAUAAAUAUACGUGAAAAUAUAUAUACAUUAUAGGAUUGUCCAUUUUGGUCUCUCAUCUACAUAGAAAUUUGGUUUUGGGCAUAGAGAGUGGAACUUUUGGUAUUUUUUUGUAUACACACAAUAUGGGGCUUUAUGCCUAUUUUCGACUGAACUUCAAGUACCUCCUUACUUCCUAGACAGGCCUCCAGACUAACACCUUCCCACAGUCCUGGGGAUGAUAAAAGUAGCACACGGGACAACAUUAAAGCUCUUUCAGAAUGGAGAAUUUGAUGCAGUGAAUCUGGUUAUAAGCAUUUAUGUAAGAGACGCUUACUGGUUAAAAUAUGACUAAAAGUUUCCCUAAUUCUUAGUACAGUUUGUUUUCUGAUAAAGUCCCGCCUUUCAACAAAGAGCCAAUCAGCUUGGUGGAAAAGCAGUGAGAAAAAGACUAGCAUGGUGCCAGUGGGGAAAUCCUUUAAAUCCCCUGCCAUGUCAGUCAACUGUGGAGCUUCAAAAGUCGCAGCGGUAAUCAGAGAAACUGUGCAGCAUGCUGGUUAAUAGCAGAACUGAGAUUUAAAAUCAAGUAGAUGUGGACAGACGUCAACGUGGCUAUAGGAACAAAGCUACUGGGCAGUUCUGGGACAGCUGUGAAGUAUAUUAGUCUGGGACCCUGCUACAUACGUCAUAAAAUCUAGUGUCUACAGUCAAAUGGCCUUAGAUUUCAGAUGAUCAUAUAUGAAUAAAUGUAAAUACUGUUUAAUUUCAGAUAUAUAAUGCUCUGUUGAGAUUUGCUAUUUAUAGGCUUAUGUUGUUUAUUAUAAAAUUAACAUUGUUGGUUUAUUCUAUAAACUACAGACAACAUUUCUCCCAAAUUCCAAAUAAAAUAUUGCAAAGAAAAUAAGUUUAGAAUUUCAGAAAUCAGUAUUUGGUGGAAUAACCCUGGUUGGUUUUUAAUCACAGUUUUUUUCAUGCAUCUUGGCUUCAUGUUCUCCUCCACCAGUCUUACACACUGCUUUUGGAUAACUUUAUGCUGCUUUACUCCUGGUGUAAAAAUUCAAGCAGUUCAGUUUGGUGGUUUGAUGGUUUGUGAUCAUCCAUCUUCCUCUUCAUUAUAUUCCAGAGGUUUUCAAUUUGGUAAAAUCAAAGAAACUUUUUUUUCCAGAACUGUAUAUGUUUUCCCCCAAAUGGAAAAUGAAGGGUUUGUAGAUGCUAAUGCUCCUGUUAAACAUUUAAUUUUCAUUUUGUACUUUUAUUUACAAUAAAACAAUUAAAAUAAAGUACUACAGAAAGCAGA